AUGCCUGAGUACUUCGAGUAUCAGCAGAAAAACAUGCCCUUCCGUCGUCUGGGGCCCAGCGGGCUCCGCGUUCCGGUCUUCUCGCUUGGGGGCUGGUUGACGUUUGGAGGCACUGUAGUCGGGGAUCCCGUGAAGGACAUUGUUCGUACCGCACUCGAGAAUGGUGUCAACAUGUUUGACGAGGCGGAAACCUACGCAAAGGGCCAAUCUGAGAUUGAGAUGGGCCGCGUAUUGAAGGAACUCAAUGUGCGACGGGCCGACAUCAUCCUGACCACCAAGAUCUUCUGGGGGUCCCGUCCUGGUCCCAACAACGGAGGUCUGUCUCGCAAGCACAUCAUCGAAGGAACUAGGGAGGCCCUCGAGCGCCUGCAAACCGACUACGUGGAUAUCGUUUUCGCUCAUCGUUCUGAUCCCAACGUACCUAUGGAGGAGGUUGUCCGAGCCUUCUCGUGGGUCAUUGAUGAGGGUCUGGCAUACUACUGGGGGACCUCAGAGUGGAGUGCACGGGAGAUAGAGGAAGCCAUUCAGAUUGCGAUUCGUCACGGUCUGCAUCAGCCUGUUGCAGAACAGUGCCAGCAUCACUUAUUCCAUCGUGAACGCCCCGAGGGCGAGUACGCUCCUCUCUACACGAAGUACGGCCUCGGCACCACAGUCUGGUCUGCCCUUGCGUCAGGUCUGCUGACGGGCAAGUACAAUGAUGGUGUUCCGAAGGGCAGUCGAUUUGACACGAACUCGGACUUCUUCAAGAACACUGUCGCUCGUUUGGAGACUGAGGAGGGCAAGGCGCAGAUUGCGCAAGUGCGCCAGUUGACUGAGAUUGCAGAGAAGGAACUAGGCUGCACUACCGCCCAGCUUGCUCUCGCAUGGGUGGCUGCCAAUCCGAACACGAGCACCGUGAUUCUUGGCGCGACGCGCCCUGAGCAAUUGCUUGAGAAUCUGAAAGCGAUUGAGAUUUACCCUAAGCUCACGCCUGAGAUCCUCCAGAAGAUCGAUAAGAUCUUCAAUAACAAGCCUGCGCCCCCGCCCACAUAUGGACGGCCCGAGCUCGACGCUUUCGGCCGCAAGUGA